GAGUCCUGGUCCCGGGGAACCGACCCUUCAACAGAAUUAAGUUAUGUGGAGCACGGGUUAGGUCUGAGGGGUCCACGCUCUUCUCAGGAACUUCCGGUUUUCAUGGCUUAGAUCGGGUUAGAGCAGUAGUUUAUCACCGGUUACGGGAUUCGAAGCUGGAGGCUGUGAUCGAUCACCUGCUUGGUACCACAUGGAGUCAUCACCAGUGUGUGAACCCAAACUAGUUCUGGUCUUCAGUGGAAAACGGAAGUCUGGGAAGGAUUAUGUGACGGACUUGAUCCAGCAGCGUUUAAGCAGAGACAUCUGUGUGAUCCUGCGUUUGUCUGGACCACUUAAAGACCAGUACGCUCAGGAACACAGUCUGGACCUGGACCAACUGCUGGGUCCCGGACCGUAUAAGGAGCAUUACCGCAAAGACAUGAUCUUGUGGGGGGAGACACGUCGACAGCAGGACCCAGGAUUCUUCUGUCGCCUCGCAAUUCAAGGUGCAAAGCAACCAGUCUGGGUGAUAAGUGACGCUCGGAGGAUGUCAGACGUUAACUGGUUCCGCUCAAAGUUUCCUCGUCAGACGCGAUGUGUCAGAGUUCAAAGUUCAGAGGCAACCAGGGCAAAGAGAGGCUGGAGGUUCACUGCAGGUGUGGACGAUGCAGAGUCUGAGUGUGGAUUGGACAGCAACAUCGUCUAUGAUUGGACCAUCACUAACGAGCCUGACGCCCCCUCCUUAGACCUGCAGCUGCAGCCCAUCCUGGACGUGGCCAAGGAAGCGUCGCUGUCACUGAUCAGUGACAUCACAGACUGUUGAUUACUUAUUUUCUCAUCAUGGAGGAAAACAUUUUUAACACAUUAAAAGAAAUAAACAAACAUUAGCGCAGUGAAGUCAUGGUUUAUUACAAUGAGUUGUGACAUCAUCAGCACAGUGUUGACAUCACCAUCAGGUCAUCGUUGACCUGUAAUUCCCUGACAUCUGAUUGGCCCCUGGAUUAACAUUUAUUUGUAGAUACACAUGUAAAAAAUAGUUGAAUGCCUUGUUCUGACUGGCUGCCCAACACCACGC